GCCACCCUGAAGUUUCUGGUGGUGCUCCUGGCCGCAGGGAUGCUGGCUUUCCUUGGUGCAAUUAUUUGCAUCAUCGCAAGCAUCCACCCUGCGGCCAGCAAUGCUGGAGCUCUCCAAGGUACCGACAAUGGCUCCAACGCCGCGGCUGCAGCUCUGCUGCCCGCCUCCGGUGCUUCCGACAAGACGUUGGGAGCUCUCCAUGGUACUGGAGAAAGCACCUUCGGGGGCUUCUCGACAGGCUCCCAGGACUCUCUGUUGGACCUGCUGGCCAGCGCCCGGCCUCAGCAGCACCAGCAGCUCUUCAGCCGCUUCCUGUGCACCCCGCUGACCGUAGAGUGCCCGUCCGAGGGCAGCCCGCAGGGAGACAGCCCCGGGGCGGCUGCCAAAGAAGAGCUUUUCUUCCUCCAAAGCACGGCUGAGCAACUAAGACAGACGGCGCAGCAGCAAAAGGACCAGAUCCUCAUCGAUCAGAAGACCAUCCGGGAGCUGACCACCAAGCUCAGCCAGUGUGAGAACGGGCUCGAACUUAGUUUCCAGGACAGUGCCUCGGUUUGGGGCGUCCCCCGGCAUGAUACCAUGGGCGAUCUCCCCUGGGAUUCGCCUGCCGUGAUGCAGGAGCUGGAAGAGGCUGUCAGGACGUUGAAAGACAGGAUUGACAAGAUGGAGCAGGAUAUCCCAGCCCGAAUAAAUGCUACAUCUGCCCCGGUGCCAGCCCAAGAAACAAUCCACACCAAGAUGGAGGAACUGGAGGAUCAGAUCCUCUCCAAGAUUUUGGCUCUGGAGAAAGAACGUUCAUCCAUCACCAGUACCAGUGACCACCAGCAGCAAGAGGUAGACAAGGAGCUGGAUGCCCUCCAAAACCGGGUUGCAGACCUUGAACACGAAAAAACAACCUUCAUCCCUCCAGAUAACUUCAAAGUCACCAUCCCUGUACGGAACAACUAUAUGUAUGCCCGGAUAAAGAAGAGCCUGCCUGAACUUUAUGCCUUCACAGUCUGUGUGUGGCUGAAAGCCAGGGGUCCAGCAGGGGUGGGCACCCCUUUCUCUUACUCAGUCCCCAGUCAAUCCAAUGAGCUUGUAUUGUUAGAGUGGGGAACUAAUCCCAUGGAACUGAUAAUUAAUGACAAGGUGACUCAGCUGCCCACGAGUCUAAAGGUCGGGACGUGGCACCACAUCUGCAUAACCUGGAUCACACGGGAUGGCAUAUGGUCAGCGUAUCAAGAUGGAGUAGAGCGUGGGGGCAGUGAAAACCUGGCAUCCUGGCAUACUAUCAAACCUCAUGGGGUCAUCAUCCUGGGCCAGGAACAGGAUACACUGGGUGGGCGCUUUGACGCAACUCAGGCCUUCGUCGGUGAAAUUGCUCAGUUCAACAUGUGGGAUCACGUCCUGACGCCAGCAGAGAUCCUGGGUCUGGCCAACUGCACCAGCCACCUGCAAGGCAAUGUCAUCCAGUGGGAUGAAAACCUGGUCGAGGUCCAUGGAGGGGCAAGCAAGAGGAGCUUUGAAGUCUGUGAGGAAAGGAAGAAGGCGUGA